AUGACAGAAGAUAAGAUCACCGGGACCUUGGUUUUCACUGUCUUCACAGCUGCACUGGGUUCCUUCCAGUUUGGAUAUGACAUUGGUGUGAUCAACGCACCUCAAGAGGUAAUAAUAUCCCAUUAUGAAUAUGUUUUGGGUAUUCCACUGGAAGACCGAAAAGCUAUCAAUAACUAUACUACCAACAGUACAAAUGACCUGCCCACAAUCCCAUACCUAAGGGAUUCGACACCAGCCCCUGUGGCUGAGGAAGAGCCCACAGAAUCUACUAGCCUCAUCACCAUGCUCUGGUCCUUGUCUGUGUCUAGCUUUGCAGUUGGUGGAAUGAUUGCGUCCUUCUUCGGUGGGUGGCUUGGGGACCAGCUUGGAAGAAUCAAAGCCAUGUUGGUAGCCAAUGUUCUCUCAUUAGUUGGAGCUCUCUUGAUGGGGUUUUCAAAACUGGGACCAUCUCACAUUCUUAUAAUUUCAGGAAGAAGUAUAUCAGGACUCUAUUGUGGGCUAAUUUCAGGCCUGGUUCCAAUGUACAUCGGUGAAAUUGCUCCAACCACACUCAGGGGUGCCCUUGGCACACUUCACCAGCUGGCCAUUGUCACAGGCAUUCUUAUUAGUCAGAUUGUUGGCCUCGACUUCAUCCUGGGCAGUCAUGAGCAAUGGCAUAUCCUGCUUGGCUUGUCUGCUGUGCCAGCCAUCCUCCAGUCUCUGCUCCUCCUCUUCUGUCCCGAAAGCCCUAGAUACCUUUACAUCAAGUUGGAUGAGGAAGUCAAAGCAAAGAAAAGUUUGAAAAGACUCAGAGGAAGUGAUGAUGUCAUCAAAGACAUCACUGAGAUGAGAAAAGAAAAGGAAGAAGCAUCAGGUGAACAGAGAGUCUCCAUAAUUCAGCUCUUCACCAAUUCCAGCUACCGACAGCCUAUUAUAGUGGCACUGAUGCUGCACAUGGCUCAGCAAUUUUCUGGAAUCAAUGGGAUCUUUUACUACUCAACCAGCAUUUUUCAGACUGCUGGAAUCAGCCAACCUGUUUAUGCAACCAUUGGAGUUGGUGCCAUCAACAUGGUUUUCACUGCUCUUUCUGUGUUCCUUGUGGAGAAGGCAGGGCGACGCUGUCUGUUUCUAAUAGGAAUGAGUGGGAUGUUUGUCUGUGCUAUCUUCAUGUCCGUGGGACUUAUCCUACUGAAUAAAUUAGCUUGGAUGAGUUAUGUGAGCAUGGUAGCCAUCUUCCUCUUUGUCAGUUUCUUUGAAAUUGGGCCAGGCCCCAUCCCCUGGUUCAUGGUGGCGGAGUUCUUUAGUCAAGGACCACGGCCUGCUGCUUUAGCAAUAGCUGCAUUCAGCAACUGGACCUGCAAUUUCAUCGUAGCUCUGUGUUUCCAGUACAUUGCGAAGUUCUGUGGACCUUAUGUGUUUUUCCUCUUCGCUGGAGUGAUCCUGGCCUUUACUCUGUUUACAUUUUUCAAAGUUCCGGAAACCAAAGGAAAGUCCUUUGAGGAAAUCGCAGCAGAAUUCCGAAAGAAGAGUGGCACAGCCCAAGGGCCCAAAGCUGCCAUGGAAAUGGAAUUCCUUGAAGCCUCAGAGACUGUCUUGUUAGAAGCAUGAUUACAAUUCUUGGUCUGGCUACUCACCUAGCUAUUGCCCCCUGCCAUUACACCAGUGGAAGGGUCUUCUCUAACCGUCUCCUCUAUGCAGCCAACACUGUGAUAGUGCUGAGACACACUAAGACACUGCCCGCUGCCUCCUCAAGGAGCUCACAGUCUAAGAAGCAGUCCAGAAGACCAGGGUAUGAAUACCCCCAUCUGCGCCCUUUGACAUUCAUGAACCGUGAUGUGGAAGCACAGCAGUAUUACCUACCUCAGAGACUUCUAAGCCUUGUAGAGUUCCUGCUCAAUGAAUGUUACCUAGAAUUACAUUCACAAAGAUACUGCUAAGAUAAAAGUUUGUCAUAUAUAAGACGGUUCCAAAUUUUUCUUUUCUUUUCUUAAAG